AUGGUCGCUUACCGGACGAUCUCGAGUCUCUAUCGAAGCUCGGAAGCUCUACUUGGACAACACGUUAGUGAUUUGGGUUGCUCACAGCGUCAACAUGGCGAUGCUGCGCGUGACUUGGCAAUUCCAGCUGCGGCAUUUACAUAUAAAGCAGCAUUUAGUGAAGAUCAACUCCAUCUCUUAGAUCGGCCAUGUAUCUGUCAAGAACGUGCUAUCCAAUUUAAGCCCAAGGUCUUCGUAGACGACUAUCAGCUCAAAGCUACAACUGGCAGCAUCAGGACGGAGUAA